GUUGUCGGUGAUCUUCUUCCCCCCAUCCCCCAAAUUCUCUCGCCCCCAAAGAGAAAACCGGGGGUCAAUCAGAAUCCCUAUCUCCCUCUCCCCUCUCUCUUUCUCUCUCUCUCCCCCUCCCCCUCGGCAUUUCCUUCGUCUCUCCCUCCGAUCACGAUCCCGAUCCCGAUCACCCAGAGAGGAAGAGAGAGGGUCCAAAUUCCAUCGGAUCGGAUCCGAAAUGGCGGCAUCGCGGCGUCUCCGGGACCUGCAGGCGCAGCCGGGGAACAGGAUCUGCGUCGACUGCGUGCAGAAGAACCCGCAGUGGGCCUCCGUCUCCUACGGCGUCUUCAUGUGCCUCGAGUGCUCCGGCAAGCACCGUGGCCUCGGCGUCCACAUCUCCUUCGUCCGAUCCGUCACCAUGGACUCCUGGUCCGACCUCCAGAUCAAGAAGAUGGAGCUCGGCGGCAACGAAAAGCUCAACGCCUUCCUCUCCCAAUACGGCAUCCCCAAGGAGACCGACAUCGUCACCAAGUACAACACCAACGCCGCUAAGGUCUACCGCGAUCGGAUCCAGGCCCUCGCCGAGGGCCGCCCCUGGCGGGAUCCACCGGUCGUCAAGGAGCAGAUCGGCUCCGCCGGCAGCAGCAGGAACAAGCCACCGCUUGCUCAGGCUGGCGGCGGUGGCAGCAGCAACGGCGGCUGGGAUAGCUGGGAUAACGACGAUAGCUUCAGAUCUCCGUCGAGCGAUGUGCGGAGGAAUCAGUCGGUGAGCGAUUUCAGGGGCGGGAGCGCUGGGGGCAGGGGUGGACCCCCGGUAAGGUCGAGGUCCACUGAGGAUAUGUAUACCCGCUCGGAGUUGGAAGCUUCGGCUGCAAAUAAGGAAAGCUUCUUUGCUAGGAAGAUGGUGGAGAAUGAAUCAAAGCCCGAGGGGCUGCCGCCCUCGCAGGGUGGGAAGUACGUGGGUUUCGGAUCAACCCCGCCCCCUCCGAGGGGGGAUUACAAUAACGCGCAGGGGGAUGUUAUGACUGUUGUCUCUCAGGGAUUAGGUAGGCUUUCUCUAGUUGCGGCUUCGGCAGCUCAGUCGGCUGCCAAUGUGGUCCAGGCAGGAACCAAAGAGCUGACUUCUAAGGUGAGGGAAGGCGGAUAUGAUUACAAGGUGAAUGAGACUGUAAAUGUUGUAACUACAAAAACAACCGAGAUUGGUCAGAGGACAUGGGGCAUCAUGAAAGGGGUCAUGGCACUUGCAAGCCAGAAGGUCGAGGAGUAUGCCAAGGAUGGGUGGAAUAACGAUGGCUGGCCAAGAAAUGAUAGCGAAAAGAAUGGAUAUUAUCAGGAGUUCAGACAAGAGCAGAAAGGGUGGAAUUCCUCUUCGGCUGGUCAGUCUUCUUCCACUGGGAACUCUAAUUCCUACAAUUCAAGCUCCUGGGAUGACUGGGACAAUAAGGAAACUACCAAAGAGGGGUCGAACAGAGGAGGAACAUCGAGUAACAAUGAUGGUUGGGCAGGAUGGGAUGAUCAUAAAGAUGAUGGAUAUGAUAACUUCUACCAAAGUGCACCCAGUAAGAAUGCUGUGGGUCACAAUGGGAAAUCAGAUGCCACAUGGACUGGAGGAGGCUUUCUUUAAGGUCGUGGCUAACUACCAGAGGAGUUCCGCACAGGCAGAUGGGUCAUCCAGGAGUUUCAACUGCAGAACGAGUUCUUCAAAAUCAGUAAAGCAAGUAAAUCCUGUGGAUAUCGUUGAGAUCCGUAUAAAUUUUAAAAGACGUUUUGUGUUUGUAUUUGGUUUUUGGCUUUCUGUAGAACCUUCUUCUGUAAUUCUUCCAUUGUGGUCUAUUUAAAUUCCUGGAAAGCUCUGAAUUGUCUGAAGGUAGAAGAAAUAUGCAUCACGGGGGAGGGGCUAAAUUGGCCCCUUGUACUGUUGUUUUAUGAGGUUUGAGGAACGCAAUUAUUUUUUAACCUCAGAUCUUUGAAAUUCUUUUUGACAUUGGCCUAGUAGAUGUAUUAUGCUAUUUAGUCUCUUUCAUGUAAAAUUGGAACAGCAGAUUACCGA